AUGGCAGAAGUAGUUGCAAUAUCUGAGAUGGUGUCUGAGCCGGAAAUAGUUACUGAAGAUGUUUCUGUGGUUGCUGAAGAGGUUUCUGCUGAAAAUGUGGUCGAUAUUGAAGAAAUAGCUGCUGAAAUGUAUUAUUACCAGUCAGAGCAGGAGGUAUUGGCAAGUUCAAUGAAAUCGAUAACGCCUCCUAAAAUUUUUGAAUCUUUUGCAGGUUAUUUCGAAGAACCAAAGACCGGAUCAUGCCAAAGAUUUGAAGAUAAGAAAAAAGUCGUUGAAGAAUUGAUCGACGUGUCGAAAGAGCUGACUGGAGAGGCAUUGAAGGACAUAGCUGAUAAAGCUCUAAUGGGAAAGCUGAGAGAGGUAGACUCAGAACUCGAGAAGUCAGAGUCUGUCAGUACUGUGUCGGUCAAAAAGGAGUCUGAUAAGAAAUCUGGAGUUCAGGAGAUCAAAUCAGUCAAAAUGUCUGAGUCUGAGUUAAACAAUGUCGGUAAAAUUGAUUGUGUUGAGCAGGUUGUGGAAAAAGUUGUUUCAAUCCCUGAAAUACCAUGCCAACAGUGUUUAGAACCGUGCAUGGAGUGUCUUGAAAAAGUCACUAAGUAUAAGAAAUUGAAACACCAUGCUGAUAUGCUUAAAUUUGACCUUGGCCAAGUUAAAGAGGCGUAUGAUACUCUUGCUAGGUCAAUGAAAAUGAUCCAAAAAGAAAAUGGGGUGGAAGCUGCUUUGAAUCUCAAAUUGAGAUCGAUUGAGGAUGAUCUGCCUGAAAGCAUAGAUGUCACUUUCUCUGCAUCCGAUACCGACAACGAAUCACAGGUUAUCAAAACCGUUGUCAAUCAGGUAUUGGAUGAGGAGAGUGAUAAAUCUGAAGAGUCUCAAUCUGAAAAGGCUUCGUUUGUUACAUCACGUCCUACAAGUUCGGGAAAGAAAGAAGGGGAUGGUAAAGGUAGUAACAAGAAGAACAAUGUUAAAAACAAAGGAAUAGGUUUUGAGAAGAAAACGGCUAAGCAGGUGUUUAAGCUGAAAGAGAAGAUGAAUGAUAUUUUUGUCGCUGGUCCAAGUGUAGACGAUGAGAAGGAUUAUAUUUUUAGUCAAAAGGUUGUGGACGAUUUCAAUGCAGCGAAAAAGUUGAAAGAAGAGACAGUCAAAUCAACUUUUGUUGAAUAUGACAAAAGGGUGUGUUAUCGCUGUAGUGAAAUCGGGCACAUGGCGAAACAGUGCAAGAAAGUGAUUGAGAAACCUGUUUUUGUAAAACCACGUGUUCAAAAACAAACUGUUCAAAAACCAACUGUUCAAAAAUCAAACGUUCCAAAACCUCGACCUAAAUCACCGAUUGACACAAAAGGUAAAAAGCCGAUGGGGCUGCCCAAGUCUAUACCGUCAAAGUGGAUUAUGGAUAGUGGUGCUUCAAGGCAUAUGACUGGGACGCUAGCUCUUCUCUACGAUGUCAAAUCCAUAAAUGGAAGCUAUGUGGGAUUUGCCGGGAAUCAAGGCGGGAGAAUAGGUUCCAGUGUGAUAUUUGAUCCUCUUCACAGCAGCUGUUGUGAUUUAGAUGUGAAGAAAAACACUGAAUUGGCCAAGUUUAGCAGUAUCUUGGAAUUCAUGGGUCGUAUUCCCAUUCAAAAGGCCUUGACAGAUCAGCGUCCAUUGUACAGAUCACAUAUAGAAUGUUUCUGGGAGAAUGCAAGUUAUGAUGAUGAAAACAAAGAAAUUUCUUCAAUAGUGGAAGUGCAUGGAGAAAAUAAGAAGAUAAUUGUCACCUAG